CGACUCAGUCUGUCCGCGGCCGUCCGUCAAGCCGACUUCGUUCAGAAGGUCGUGUACAGUGAUUACGAUCGUUGAGUCUCGACACAUGUUGCCGAAAGAGUAUAAACAAUAACGAAUGCCGAAUAUUAUAAAAAUAAAUCGUUCACUAGUGAAUCCGUUAAUUUGACUAUUUUCUGUUUAUUUUAUUUUAUCCUGCAACCGAAAAAUAUAAAUUUCGUCGACGAAUGGAUAGUUGAAGAUUUUUUUAAGUGGUGCGAAUAAGUGGACGAAGAGUGUUGAUUAAAGUGUAUCGAGAUCACGAUGAAUCGUGAUAUGUGGAAUUUUCACGUCCUCGUGGGACUUUUUGUCCUCGUGGGGAUUUUAUCUUCCAACUGGUAUAUCGAGGCAUUUAACGUCGAGACGAGACAUUACACGAGUUAUCGCAAAGAGCAGAGUAGCAUGUUCGGCUUCUCGGUUGCGGAACAUCGAGACAGGAACAAACGAGGCUGGGUCAUCGUUGGGGCACCGCAGGCUCAAACCGCACAGGUGAACGUCUACAGAGGCGGCGCAGUUUAUCGUUGCGACGUUGCGAAAGACGACCAAUGCGUUCCCAUUGUCUUUGACACCAAAGAACACAAUGUGGUAAAACGUCCAACCGAACCGCACGAUGUAAUGCGAAUUGACAACAAGACGCUCCAAUGGUUCGGGGCAACCGUUUCAACUUCUUACCAGGACGGUGGACCCAUUCUCGCUUGUGCACCGAGGUACGUUUUCUUCGGGGUUGGACCAGGAUACAACGUGAUGAACGACAGCCACGGCUGGGCUUUUGGCAACCAGCGAGACCCGGUCGGCACAUGCUUCGUGUCGACUAAUCCUUCAACUCCUUCAACUGUACGAGAAUUUUCGCCCUGUCGAACGAAAAACUAUGGAUACCACAAACAAGGCUCCUGUCAGGCUGGAUUUUCUGCCGCAUUGUCCAAGGAUGGCGAACGAGUGUUUGUUGGUGCUCCUGGUAGCUGGUAUUGGCAGGGUCAGCUGUAUUCGAUACUGAGAAUUGCGAGAGAAUAUCCAUUUGCACCGCCCGGGCAAGAAGAUUUUGGGGUCUUUCCUGGUGAAAGAAGUCUCUCAGGUCAAAUGUACACGCAGCUGGUAAACAAUCGUGACAAAGUUCUCAUGACCAAAGAAUCUCCAAAGUGGGAAGAUGACAGCUACUUGGGAUAUUCAAUCACACCCGGGGAUUUCGUUGGCAAAGGAGAAGACAAUGGGAUCGCGGUCGGAAUGCCACGUGGAGCAGACCUUCAUGGAAAGAUCGUACUGUUCACUUCGAAAAUGGUCCACGUUCGUAACAUAACCGGAGAACAAAUGGGCAGUUACUUUGGAUACGCGAUAGCUGCUGGCGAUAUCGACAGCGAUGGAUACGACGACCUCAUAGUCGGUGCUCCCAUGUUCACCGUUCCUGAAAACACCGAGAUGAACUUUGAGACCGGCAGGAUUUACGUUUUCUAUGGCAAGGGACCGGUGAAAUACGAUCUCUUUCACGAGAGAGACGGUGAGUCAAAUCGUGGUCGUUUCGGAUUGUCGCUGGCCUAUCUCGGUGACAUAGAUCGAGACGGUUACGGUGACGUAGCGGUUGGAGCGCCGUAUGCCGGUUCGGAGGGUCGUGGAGCGGUUUACAUCUACCAAGGUUCGGCGGAAGGUAUUUCGUCGAAAUAUUCGCAAGCGAUUUACGCCGAGGAGCUACCAACGCGCGUGCAAACUUUCGGUUUCUCGAUUGCCGGCGGGUUGGAUCUCGAUGGAAAUUUGUAUCCCGAUAUCGUUGUCGGAUCUUACGAGACUGGGGCAGCGAUGUUUUUCCGAUCGCGGCCAGUCAUUAAAAUGGUCCCGAACGACACGUACGUCAACUUUUACGGUGGUUCGUCUCAUCUCAUUUCUCUCGACGACAAACAAUGCGUUCUUUCGGACGGCACCCGAGUCACGUGCCUGCAAUUGAGAGCUUGCUUCAAAUAUACCGGUGAUGGCGUUCUUUCGAGAUACAACUUUAAUGUACAGUACGCGCUCGACGUAAAGAAAACUAAGAGCCCUCGCAUGUGCUUCCUCGAACUCGAGGGCAGACACACGAUGAAUCAGACGAUAACGGUCGAUCGAAAUCAACAAUACUGCCGCACCGUAAAGGUAUACGUGACCCCGAAUAUUCGUGACAAGCUGACGUCCCUCGAUGCGGAGAUGCGAAUAGGCCUCGCCGACGAGAGAUGGGUAGACGACCGCGAACGCGACCCGUCGUUGAUCCUUCGUCCUGUGAUGGCGACGACGUCAUCGCGAAAGGACACGGUAUCGAUAUUCAAAAAUUGCGGCUCGGACAACAUCUGCACCCCCGAUCUUCAAAUGACCUGUAAAUCGAACGUGGCUAAAUAUCUUCUCGGCUCGGAUAAGAGAAUCGAGCUCGACGUGACCGUGCAAAACGCGUACGAAGAUGCCUUCGAGGCAACGUACAAUCUCGUGUUACCGCCUGGCAUAGAUUACAUCAAGAUCGAGAGGCUGGACAAGGCUGAGAUACCCGUCCAUUGCUCAGCGCCGAGGCAAUCGAACAACAAUACGCUAAAGUGCGAUAUCGGUAAUCCAUUACCAAACGGUAACCUUGUAAGAUUUACGGUACUUUUGCAACCCAUGAGUAUACAGGAAGAGAUAUCCUCUUACGAAUUCGCAAUGGAAGUAAACUCGUCCAACUCUGAACCAUUCUCAACGACUCACGACAACAAGCAGCACCUCUCGUUGAAGAUAUGGGUAGAAACCGAGAUGCUCAUCGAGGGUGAGAGCAAGCCCAAGGAUCUCUUUUAUAACCCUGAAAAUUACACGUCUACGAACAUCACUACGGAGCUCGAGUACGGACCGGCCUUUAUUCACAAUUACACAAUAAGAAAUCGUGGGCCUUCGAGGAUCGAAGAAGCCGAAAUUUACCUUCGUUGGCCCGCGGCAACGUUGGCGAACGAUGAUCUCGUUUAUUUGCUCGAACAGCCGGAAACUUCCGGCCCCAUUGUUUGCGGGCCAGCGAACGCGAAUCCGCUGAGUCUGAAACUCGAACAAAAGUAUCGAAUCUCCCACGGUCCCGGUCGAAACAGUGGCAGACCAACGGAAAAAUAUCCUGGAACAUACGACAGUGGAGAAGGAAUUUUACCUGGCGCAGUGAGUCCGAGGCCGGGAGGUGGACACGCGACCAUCGGCGGCAGCAUACACGAGGAAAACAAAACUCACAGCGUCGUAACAGGUGCGAACGGAGAAGUUACUAUAAUCGAUGACGAUUGGUCGAAUCGCGGAGGCAUCGUCACAACUGUCAACGUUUCAAGAACUCUCUCGCAGCAGGAUUACGAAGAGAAAAAGAGGCAAGAAGAAGAAAUUGAGAGAAUCGAAAUCGAACGAAUCCACGAAGAAAAAAGGAGGAUCGAAACGGAGCGACGACGUCAAGAGGAGGAAGAACGCUCGCGCCAGGGACCGAAAGAUUAUGUUUACGGUACGGAAAGACAUUACGAAAACAGCGACGACUCUCUGUCCCACGGUGUCGUCAGAGGCGGCACUUCGGUCUUAUCGACAGGAAUAAGCCACAACGAAGGCUCGAUAAGCCCUUCCAUAAGCGGCAAUCGCGAGGAAACCGUGGGUCUUCGAGACUUUGAUUACCGUUUGAGAAACAUCACAACGGCUCAAGAUUUAGACAGGAUUCUUGCAACCUUGACGAAAGACGCCGUUGGUUACGAGGUUUACAAUCGCGAGGGCAAAAAGUAUCUGCAGUUUUUGGGCAGGUUCCGGAUUUCCGAGGACAACAAAGAGUACAUAGAGUUCAAAAGUGGCGCUAUGUUUCCGCUGGAGAACCGGUACGGAGCGCCUAGUUACGCGGACGGCUCGUUAGACGCUCAGAGUCGGUUUCUGAGGAUCGAGGGCCUCGUAGUCGUCACGGAAGAUGGAAGAGGCUAUAUUCAGCUUAAAGAUGGCAGACGAUUCCCUAUCGAAGGAUCUUACAGCUACACCGAGGAGAGGACUUACACGACUCACGGCGGAGGCGGCGCUGGAGUUUCACAAAUUGGUAGUCGAGGAUCGUUUACAACGAGAACCGAGAAUUAUCGCAAUGUCGACGGUGAUACGAGGCGACAAGAUCAAGAGAGAUCGUGGCGAGAGGAAUCCUCGAAUUACGGACGAGAAGGCAACACCGAGUUCGAGACUCAUCGGACGGAGAGCCACGAAGAAAAACGUACCUACGAUAGUCAGCACGGGUCUCGAACUUAUUCGCGUAAUGAAAAUACAGGUGAUUUUGAUCAUAGGAAUUCAAAGUUGUAUGGGGCCGAGGAAGAAUUCCGUAAACGUGGCCUGCGACAACGGCGGGAGCAGGAAAACGAUGAUUCCAUGAGCGUCCAGGAGUUCCGUAAAAUCGAGAAACAGAAGAGACACCACAAAAGAGAAGCUUUUCAACUCGACGACGAUUUCUCUUCGUUCCCUGCUUCCGAUGGUAAACCGACCGAAGAGACUAUUUUGCCGUUGUGCGAAGCCGCGAGAUGCGUUACUCUCCGAUGCACCCUCGGACGUCUCGAAAAAGACGAGGAAGCUUGGAUCAGCGCGAGGUACCGAGUGAAAGCUGCAACUUUGAAAAAAAUUGCUUUCCAUGAAGAACUCAAAGUUUCGACGCAAAUCAUCUCGAAAGUUACGAGAUUACCCUCCAUCGGCAAACCUGCUACUGACAUCAUCAAGAGCCAUGAAAUUUUCACGAAUCUACAGCCCAAAGCUGUCGCCCCCGAACCCGAAGUUGUGCCACUUUGGGUCGUUGUACUUUCCGCUUGUGCUGGAACGAUCAUUCUCCUUCUGCUUAUCCUGCUGCUUCACAAGUGCGGUUUCUUCAAGAGAAACAGACCCACGGAUGCUCCAGAGAGGCAACCAUUAAACAGGAAUGGCCAUUUCCAUGGAGAUGAUCAUCUCUAAGGCAUCUCAUUUAAUAAGUGUCUUUUCAAAUCGCGGUUUUCGUAACGAGAAAAUCGUUGAAAAAGCAGCCAGCCCGUGCCUUCAUCCACGAUCUUGUGAUUCGUCGUAGCUACGAAGGAGGUCCAAAACUAUUUGAAGCAACGAUUAAAUCUUUGUGAGCUGAAAAAAACGUCUUUCAACGAUCGAACGAAUUUUUUCUCGCGAUUAUCAUGAAUUCUCGAUGGUGUAAAUUUCUCCUCCGUAGAGGCAGUAGAAUCAUCACCGUAUUUACACGAUCGUAAGAAAUUUAACAAUUUUUAUAACGAACGACAAUUCUCUUUCUCUAUUCUUAUCAUUUUAUACAAUUUUACUGCCAAAUGAAUACUCCUUCCAGCUCCCGCAGCUCGAUCUUACAAGUUUCUAGUCAGAAACGGUUUAUAUAUAUAUAUAUAUAUAUAUAUAUAUAUAUAUAUACAUUUUAUUCGAUUCGCACAUAAUUGGGAACAUUGAUUUCGAAUCGAAUCGAAAAAGCAUUCGAAGCUUCAUUCUUCCAAUGGCAAAGUGGGGCCGAAAAUGAAAACUAGAAGUAUAGUUUGGACGAGUUUAGUAAUUAGUUUCUUAUCCCUCUUGACUGAAAAAUUCAAGAUCGAUCUGCCAUAAUAUUCGUAAUUUUUACGAUCGUUCACAAUUUUUGUUCCCAAUACUCAUUAACUUUGUCGUAUAUGUGACAUAACGAUAACUUUUGUACUUGUUAGCUGAGGGAGCACACUACGAUUAUGAUAACAAAAACAUUUGUUUCUUAGCGAGCUCCUGGUCAGAGCCUGUUCACACUAUUUUUUUCACGUUUCAUUCUCUUUCAUUUCGAGAUCUCGCACACUGACAUUAAUUUUGUCUUAUAUUUUGCAUUUGGAAUGACGUAUUGAACAAAUGAAAGUUUCGUAUCGCGAACGAUCGAAAAUAUAGAAUUGUCGCGGUGUGAAACAAAAUUUUCCAAGAGCAUAAUCCGAUUGAAAUGGUAUUUCCUAUCCUAGGAAAUAUUAUGAGAGUAGUUAGGCAAUGAUGUAAUGAAAAUGAUUAAAAGUGCCUAUUCUCGUUGCAGCACUCGCGAGAGAAAAAAUAAAUCACUUGGAAACAAUUAUUUAUUAAAGAUUCUAGAAUUAUAACGUUAUUUAGCGUUUGCGCCCGAAAAUUGUAACGGGAUGGAAAAAAAACACUGGACACAGGGAGAGACGGUCCAGAAACGUGUGUACAAUCUGUAAAUUAUUAAUUCCUUACUAAACUUACGGGAUAGCUUAAAUAUCGCAAUAAUAAAUCAAUUAAUUAGUUAAAAAGAAAGGAAAUAUUGAAAAAGUAAUAACUUUCAGCGAGUGUCGGUUUGUGUCGCCGAGUUCCGUGGGAGAACUCAGAACUGACGUGUAUAUACAGAGUUAAGGUUUUAAUAUAAAAAAUACAAUACUUAUAUUAAUUCAAAA